AAAAAGGAGGGGAUCAGUGCAGAGAAACAGGCGAUUUCUCUGCUGUCAAAACUGAGGAAUGAGAUGCAAACCGAUAAGCCACUACUGGAAUUGAAGGAUGACUUGCCAGACACUGAGUCCUGGAACCAGUACAUGCAGAGACAGCAGAACCAGCUGGGGGACCAGGAGCCUGUUAGCUGGUUCAAGUCUCCGUGGCUCUAUGUGGAGUGCUACAUGUACAGAAGGAUACAAGAGGCAAUAUGGCUCAAUCCUCCGAUUAACAACUUUGACUUCUUUAAUGAGGGGAAGACCGAAAGCUUUUUUGAGUCUCAGCAGGCUGUGAUGGCUUUAUGUACUUAUCUGGGAGACAUCCAGAAGAGCAUGGAGACGCUGUCAGAGAACCAACUGUCUGAAUGUUUCAACAAGCUACUUCAGGUUUCCCUCUGGGGGAAUAGAUGUGAUCUUUCCAUCUCUGCUGGUCAAAAGAAUUCCCAGAAGGCCAGUCCCAUAGAUUCCCUCAACAGCUUACAGUCUUUUAUCUUGGUGGACGACUCCAACAUGGUAUGGUUGACUCUUAAUUCCUGUAGAAGGUCUGAAGGAUCCGGCAAAAAAACAGCAGACAGAGUUGACAUUGUGUUAGACAAUGCUGGCUUUGAGCUAAUCACUGACUUGGUCCUUGCGGAUUUCCUGGUGUCAUCAGGCCUCGCACGUCAAGUUCAUUUUCAUGGUAAAUGCUUCCCGUGGUUCGUCUCUGAUGUCACAGCUAAUGACUUUCAGUGGACCAUCCGACAGACCAUGGCAGCCAAUCACAAGUGGAUGUGUAAGAGUGGCUUCCAGUGGCAGAGCUACCUCAAAGAGGGUCUGUGGUGCUAUCACGACCAUCCUUUCUGGACACAGCCCCAUGAGUUCUGCGACAUGGCUGCUGAUGCCCCUGACCUGUACGCAACCCUGCAGGAAGCAGACCUGGUGCUAUUUAAAGGGGAUCUAAACUACAGGAAGCUGACUGGUGACAGGGACUGGCCCCAUACUGUGGAUUUCUCUACUGCACUGAGAGGUUUUGAGCCUUCAGCACUUUGUAGCCUGAGAACCCUGAAGGCCAACGUACAGGUCGGGCUGCAGCCGGGACAAGGAGAGAAGCUGACCUCUCAAGACCCAUCGUGGAUGACCAAUGGGAAGUAUGCAGUUAUUCAGUUCCAAAGCCCGAAGUUGGAGAAGAACCGACCUCAAGAUUAGACUCCUUAGGAUUAGACUUGGAUGAGUGGACUUGGGUUUUUACUGUAAAAAGCAUCAUCAUUAGGUGCUUCCAUUAAGCCAUAACCAAACAAAAUUAUAAAUGGUUCUUAAAUACUUUACCAGUCUUACUUAAAUUGAACAGUAUUAAAAGUCUGGAUCAUUUAUAUCACUGCCAUCUCAUGUUUAAAAUGUCUUCAUUUUUAGGUAGAAAUUGUUUUUUCUAAAU